UAUAGAUAAUCUAAUAAAUGUUGAUACUAAACGUGAACCGGUUUAUAUAUUAUGUAUAUUCAAUGAAUCAGCUGCAUUGGUCAUCGGAACUUGCAGUUCCCGUUGCGAAAAUGAAGGUUCUGUUCGUGUGCAUUGGCAACACCUGCCGAUCUCCAAUGGCCGAGGCCAUCCUGAAGCAUUUAGUGCUGAAACGAAACCUCCAGGAUUGGUACGUGGACAGUGCCGGCCUUCGGAAUUGGAACGUUGGCGUGGAGCCUCAGGCACGUGGACAACAAUUGCUAAAACAACAUGGUCUAAAGACAAACCACUUGGGUCGUAUGAUAACUGCUAAUGACUUCUAUGACUUCGAUUACAUAUUCGCAAUGGACAGUAGCAACCUGUUGGAGCUUCAGCAAAUGGCAGCUAGGCUUGAUCCCAGUCCGACGUGCCAGAUUCAAUUGCUGGGUAGCUAUAUUGGACGCAAGGAGGAUGAGAUCAUCGAGGAUCCAUACUUCAGUCAGGGCAUGGGAGGAUUUAAUGCUGCAUACCUGCAAAUACUGGAAAGCUGCCAACGUUUUGUGCAACAUUAUAAAUCAGAUGAUAAGUCGGUUUCGUUAGGACGUCAAUAGAAGUGUUAAAAAUAGGUUGUACAAAGU